ACACACACACACACACUCAGAAUAGUAGCUUGAUGCUGUUAUCUUGAAAAUUCUGAUCUUGACUGCUUUUGGGCUUCAGUUCAUUUCCAUUUGUUUUCGAUUAUUCUGUCAUUUCUUCUCAGAUACGGUCAUGGAGAUCCGUGUGUUCGGCCUGGUUCUGCUGUUGGUGCUGAGCAUCGCACUGCCUGCUGAAGCCCAGACCUGGGAGGAUUUCCAAAGGAAGCAUAUAUUGCAGGGCAUGCGUGCGUCUGAAUGUAACACAGCAAUCGGAUCGAGAGGAGUCAAUGUUGGUAACACCUGCAAAAGAAGAAACAGCUUCAUAAUGGCCACAUCCGAUCAGGUCCGGGCCAUAUGUCUGAACGCCGGCAGGCGUUUAGGCGGGAAUCGUUAUGAAAGCCUCUAUAGGUUCCCUGUGGUCACGUGCACCACGAGAAGACAUUCCCGACCGUGUGAAUAUUCCGGUCUUCAGAGACCUAGAUACAUUACAGUAACAUGUGAGCACCGUCUUCCUGUGCAUUACCAUUCUGAAAGAUCUUAGAGGUUCCAGGUUUCCCUCAAGGUACAGAGAUAAAACACCGUUAGUUCUAAUAGAUAUGAAGAACGUGUGAUAAUUGUACAAUAAAUACGUCACUGGAAUAUUUUAUGUAAAAAAAGAAUGUUUCCAGUGGACUUUAUAAUCAAUGUCUCUGAUCCUCAUUAAAUGAAUUUUACGCAUCACUGAAACAUUUUCUCUGCUGUUUGAUUUGACUUGGUUUGGUUCAUUAAAUAUUUUUUAGCUUCUUCAAAA